UUCUCCAAGCCCACUUUGUAUAAUAUGUAGUGACCAGCUAUCCAAUGAAGCCAUGAAACCUUUAAAACUGCUUCACCAGGUGGAGACCAAGCACCUUGCAUUAAAAGACAAGCCUUUGGAGUACUUUAAAAGAACAAAAUGUGAACAUGAAAAACAAAAGCAAUUAUUGGAGGCCACCAUUUCAUCGAAUGUGUCUGCACUGAGAGCAUUGUUCUUAGUGGCUAACCUCAUUGCUAAAGCUAAGAAGCCCCUUACUAUUGGUGAAGAGUUGAUUCUGCCUGCUGCUAAGGACAUUUGCCAUGAACUUUUAGGAGAGGCUACAGUUCAAAAGGUGGCACGUGUUCCUCUUAUGGCUAGCCCCAUAACUAGACUAAUUGAUGGAAUAGCAGAGGCUAUUGAGGUACAAUUGUUAGAGAGGAUUAAAGAGUCACCGUGGUUCACAAUCCAGGUUGAUGAGUCUAUUGAUGUUGACAACAAGGCAACGGUGCUUGUUUUUGUGGGAUAUAUUUUUCAGGAGGAUGCACAUGGGGCUAUGUUAUGUGCACUUUUGUUGCCAGCCAACACCACAGCUGCAGAACUAUUCAAGUCUUUGAAUGACUAUGUAUCAGGAAAACUGAAUCGGUCAUUUUGUGUUGAUAUAUGCAUGGAUGGAGCUGCGGCCAUGACUGGAUGGCUUUCUGGUUUCACUAGUUGGGUCAAGGAGGUCGCUUCUGAAUGUGAGUCUAUGCGCUGUGUCAUCCAUAGAGAAAUGCUGGCUAGCUGGAAACUGUCACCUAAACUAAACAACGUUUUGUAGGAUGUGAGUAAAAUUAUCAACCACAUCAAAGUACAUGCCCUUAACUCAUGUCUGUUCACGCAGCUCUGUGAGGAGAUGGAUGCAGAGCACACACGUCUUCUCUUAUACACAGAAGUGACAUUGUUUUCCAAAGGUAGAUCACUGGCCAGAGUUUUUGAGUUACCAGAGCUACGCCAGAUAUUUCUUUUAGAAAAACAGCCAGUGUUCAUUGGCAGCACAUUUCAGUGACACAGAAUGGGUUGCAAAACUUGCUUACUUGUGUGACAUAUUCAACCUGCUCAACAAACUCAAUCUGUCACUUCAGGGGAGAACAACAACUGUGUUCAAGUCUGCAGAUAAAGUGGCUACAUUCAAAGCCAAACUGUAAUUAUGGGGGUGACGAGUGAACACUGGGAUUUUUGACAUGUUUCAAACAUUAGCAGAGAUUUUGAAAGAGACUGAGCCAGGGCCUUCUUUCUCCCAGAUGGUGCAUGCUCACCUAUCUCAGCUUUCAAAAGAGUCUGAGCAUUACUUCCAAAUCACAAAGACCCCUGAACAGGGAAGGAGUGUAUCCAUGACCCAUUUGUGGAUAAGCCAGGUGAAUCAACUUUGUGCUAGAAGAGGAUCAACUGCUUGAGAUCGCAAAUGAUGGUGCCCUCAAAAGUAUGUUUGAGACAACUUCAGAUCUCUAUACGUUCUGGAUUAAAGCCAAGGCAGAAUAUCCUGAGAUUGCCACAAAAGCACUGAAAAAUUUGCUUCCAUUUCCAACAUCCUAUCUUUGUGAAGCAGGGUUUUCUGCAGUAACAGCAACCAAAACAAGAUUACUCAGUAGACUGGGCAUAAGCAACACACUUUGGGUGUCACUGUCUCCCAUCACUC